UUGGGCCUUCGGGUGGGCGCCAGCGUUGCACUCUGGAGCUCAGGGCGAGACCUCGCGCGCCACCGCGCGCUCUUUAGCGCGCCGGGGCGCGUCGGCGCGCGGAAGCAGGAUGGCGAUCCCUUGGCUGCCGAAGGAGACCUCCAGCCGCCUGCAUGAGAAGCCCCACGAGCUGGAGAACGUCAAGGCGACCUACCUGACGAGCUGCGCCUUCGUUGCCGGCUUCCUGGGCCGCGAGGACGGCAAGAGGCCCGCCUGGUUCCCCCGGGUGCGGCUGCUGCCGGUGAGCAAGCUCUCAGCCGACAUGCAGGAGCACCUGGCCAGCGCGUGCCACGUGAUCUGCAUGAAGACGCGGCAGGAGGCGACGCGGCUGGCCGAGACGCGAGCAGCGGAGCUGCGCUCCGAUGCCCCCCACCACCCCGCCCCGCCCCUGCCGCCCCGGCGCGUGGCGCGUGCCCCGCUCCAGGCGGGGAGGAACGGACUGGCGGGGGCCGCUGGUCCGGGCGAGUGCGCGCUCGUCUGGUCGAGCACCUCGGCGCGGCCGCAGACUUCGUGGCAGGCCGGCGUGCUCUGCACCCGCGUGCUCUGGCGGACGCUCUUCGCCGCCACGGCGGCCAAGGCGCCCGUCACGCAGUGUGCUGCUCCCGUGCUCUUCAUGGCCGCGUGCGAGAGCCUCAAGCACGCCUGCCGCCAGCUGCUCACCAAGGUGUGGCUGGAGGUGCAGCUGCAGUUCACUGCCAAGGUCAACAAGUACCGCAACAUGAAGAGCAGGCCGCCGUGGAAGGCUCUCGAGGCCAGGUCCCGCUCCCCCGCCGUUUCCCCUGCAGAUCCUGCAGGCAGGAUGGGCUUCGGGGGCUCCGCGGGCUCCUGGGAUGGUGGAGAGGACCGCGGGAGCGCCCAGAGGUCGGGCCCCGCUUCCCCGCCGCGUCCCUCUCAAGGCAAGAGGGCCAGGGGCUCCCUGGGCUCCUGGGAGCGAUGGGAGGAGGAGGAGGAGGAGGAGGAGGAGGAGGAGGAGGAGGAGGAGGAGGAGGACGAGGACGAACACGAGGACGAGGACGAGGAAGAGAAAGAGGACGAGGAAGAGGAGGAGGAGGAGGAGAAGGAGGAGGAGGACGAGGACGAGGAGGAGGAGGAGGAGGAGGAGGAGGAGGAGGAGGAAGACGAGCACGAGGACGAGGACGAGGUGAAGGGGGGUGGGUAG